CUGAUCACUCACUCGCUCAGCUGAUCACUCACUCGCUCAGCUGAUCACUCACUCAGCUGAUCACUCAGCUGGUCACUCACUCGCUCAGCUGAUCACUCACUCAGCUGAUCAAUCGGCGGAUCACUCGCCCAGCAAAUCGCAGUCAGGGCCCCGCUCAACUGCAACUCACUCAUCCCACAGACAGACAGAGACAGUGAGACAGACAGACAGACACAGACAGACACAGACAUACACUGACACAGACAGACACAGACAGACAGACACAGACAGACACAGACAGACAAGGGCAGACGUGUUUGGGCUUAGACGGCUCAAAGAUGAUGUUCGGACUGCUAGGAGCCAGCCUUGUCUUUGGCUGUGCGGGCAGUCUGCUACUCAUCGUGUCCACAGCAACGGACUUCUGGCUCGAGUACCGCUUCUCCGGGAACCUCUCUCACCAAGGGCUGUGGAGAUACUGCGUGGGUAAUAAAUGUUACUACCACACGGAUACAAUGGCGUUCAUGGACACGACAAGAGCUCUGCUCCUCCUCUCGCUGAUCGUCUGCGUGGCUGCUGUGGCAUGUGGUGCCUUCGCCUUCAACAACUCGAGAUCCUUCUACCGUCUGGACCGAACCUGGAUCAGCGGACUCGUCUUCAUGCUCGCUG